CCUAUCCAAACUCUCAAAUAGAGAUAAAGGAAGCGAAGUCAGAGAGCUUACAGUACUCCAUCUUCCUUGAAGUCUCUCUCUGUCUUGUAGUUGUGUGAACUGUGAAGUGAAAACUAGGGAAGAAAGUGCAGAGAGAAAAUGGCUCUAGCAGUUGGAAGAAACAUAGCAGCGCCAUUGUUGUUUCUCAACUUGAUACUGUAUACUUUGGUUGUGGGCUUUGCUAGUUGGUGUCUUAAUAGGUUCAUCAAUGGCCAGACAGGCAAUCCUGGGUUUGGAGGAAAUGGUGCAACUAUAUUCUUCCUGGUAUUUUCCAUAUUGGCUGGCGUGGUCGGUGUGGCUUCAAAAUUUGCUGGAAGCAACCAUAUGAGGGCUUGGAGGAACGACAGCCUUGCUGCCGCUGGGUCUUCAUCGCUCGUGGCAUGGGCCGUGACCGCCUUGGCGUUUGGGUUGGCAUGCAAGGAGAUAAGUAUAGGAGGAUGGAGGAGUUGGAGACUGAGGAUACUGGAAGCUCUGAUAAUAAUUCUGACCUUCACCCAACUAUUGUAUCUGCUACUGCUUCAUGCUGGUUUAGUAAGCAGCAAGUAUGGCCCAGGCUAUAGGGACACUACUAACUACGGUCUUGGGGCUGCUGAGGUUGAGCCGGCUCAUAAGGUUGGGGGUAUGACUGGAGUUAGGGCGUAGAGAGUAGAGAGCCCCCAAGUUCAGCAGCUGGAACAAAGCAGAUAAAAAGAACUGGUUUUCAUCAGCUCCCAUAUUUAGUUCAGUUCAGUUGAUCUUGAGUUGUGUGUGGUUCAAGUAACUGUGUCUUUUGUUUCCUUUUGUUUCCUUCUUUUGCUUUUGUUAGUAGCAUGUGGUUAAGUGGCUCUUUGGUUGUGGAGUUGUUGUUUCUUCUAUAUGGAGACUUUAACUUUCUGUAGUUACUUAACAAAGACACUUGGUGGCCUCCUAACCGAAGGUCUUCGGUGGUGUAAAUGUGCAAGUAUAUAUUGGACAAUUGGUUUUUGUAUUUUUCU